AUGCGAAAGCAGCCGGACAAGGACCAGCACCCGAGACCAGACGACGAGGCCCGAGUCAAGUCAAGGCGCACCAUUUUGUCAGCAGCGGGUUUGUUGCCCUGGCAGGACGCAGCCCGUGCCAAGAGAGCAGAGCACAUGUUGGAUGUUGGCACAGAAAAGGGACACGUUCUGGCGUGGUUCUCCUGCUUUCGCGAGCCGUCGUCACCUGCAGUUGCUCGACGACUCGACGCAUCGCACAGCACUCAGUGUCGUAAACGAAACAGCAAGACCGCCGCGCUGACCCGACGGGAAUCCGACUCCGUCGUCGGCUCCGUGGCGGACAGGCCCGCCCUUGUCAACAUUUGA